AUGGGAGGAUGUCCAACCAAAUGCGAAGUUAAAUGUGGGGGUGGUUUCAGGUACGAAGGAAGCACUCUCGAAUUAAACUUUGAAUAAUAACCAGAUAUCUUACGAAAUAAAGAUCGAAAUAGAUCAGCUUCAAGUUCUCAUUAAGGAGAAUCAGCAACCUUACCAGCCACUAACUUUAGACGAGAAUUAGAAUACACAGAUAACAUUUUAUAGACUUAAUCAGACCCAAAAAAUGAAUUAAUUGCUAGUAAUAUUGAAGUGGAGUUGCUUCCAAUUUUUGUAAUAACGAAAUAAAUUAAUGAGUCAGCGGUUUCCUACAGAUAAAAUAGGUUCAUGGAGGAUUUAGAAAUAGAAGUCAAAGCCAGAAUUCAAGAAAUAAACCGACAAGAACAAGAAGAGAGGCAAAGAUUAAUCAUUAAGGAAAUUGUUAAGAAACAAUUGGAACAAGAAAAAUAGAAAUCAGAAUUAAUAUCGAAAUCUUAAACUAAUUAAUAAUAAGAAUAUUCAUAAUAGUUUAAUUAAAAAUAAUCGUUAUCACCAAAAAAGAAUGCUUCAAAAGAAUCCAAAGAUUCUUAAUUGGCAUCUUUUUAAUCUAGCUCAUUAUAAUUGUCCUCUGAAAAGUAAUCCAACAUACAAUCCUCAAUUAAUAAAACAGACCCCUUGAAAUACUCUUCAAAAAAUCCACAUCAGAUGCAGGCAUAUGAAAAAUUAAUAAGUAAUUUUUAUCUAGAAGACGGCAGUAAUUAUAGCAGACAUAAAGGAAUUCUUAAAUAAAAUACUUAACUUAAAUUUUCACAUACAUCCAAAAGUUUGCCUAAUAAAAGGAUGGUUUAAUCCAAAGUAUUCAAAAAGAAGAGAGUUCAUUUCUCUUAAGAUACCAAUUUUAAUUUUGAAAAAAAAAGUGAAGAAAAGAAAGCCUCUAAAACCUGGUGGAAAUCUUUAUUUUGA